AGACGUUUGGCCAAGCCAGACCCUAUUCGGCUUUCCCUAUUCAUCUGGUCAACCGGGGAGAUUCAGCCAAGCCUCAGAGCAGUCCUCAUCCUUUGGAUGUGUCUAAUUGCACUCUGCCUGGUUCUCCUUGUCCCCGCUUGCGGGUAUGUUUAGAUUAGGGUAGCGCUUUCUUCCUCUCCGAAAGUCAUUUUAUAGAUGCAAAAUCUAAGAAAUUGAGGAUCUUACCCAGCAAGAUCCAGUUCAUGGCGAGGAAGUCCAUAGUGACCCUGCCCUAGGAACAUUCAUCUUGGGAGGACAAGGUUCUAUCCUCUAGGUCUACCCGGAUUGGGUAUGUGACCAGAAGAGGUGGCCAAGCCAGACCCUACACGAGGUUUGCGCAGCUGAAGUGGUAAUGAGGAAGAGCAGAAAGCCACAUUUCAUUACUCACUCACUACGGAUCCAGCACAACUACAUGCUGGGAUUGCUAGGAAAAGCUUCGAAAUGGAGGAGAGAGAGCAAUGGCGGUUUUUUUUCUCUCUGCGUGUAAGAGGGGCAGUAAUUUCAUGACACCAAUGGAAGGGCAAUUUAGAAAAAUAUAUAUAUAUAUAAUAUACAGUAGAUGAAACAUGUCCACUAUGAAAUUCCAUUGAUUUAAAAAACUUGAUUUUGACUCUAUUAUUUUGUUCUUUGACCCACAAAAUUUUAUUGUUUUUUAAAUUAUCCUAAUUUUUUUUUCUAUAUUUUGAGACCAAACCAAACUCUCACAGCUAAGCCAAGCCUGGCAUUAACCAACGUCUUCUCUACAUAGAUUUACUCUCUUAAUAACAAUAAUUCAUGAAUUGCACUUUCCAGCAAGAAAUCUCGGGCUAAUUUCUUCAAAAAGUCCUAGAGGAGUUGGAAUCAAGAGAGAUAAUUGGGGAAGAUUACAUGGAGAAGAUUUCUGGAAAUCUCUGGUUACUAAUGGCUACGGUUGCAAAAAAACAUAGUACUUUUAUUUUUAUUUUUAUUCCAAACUAGUCAGAGAGUACUUGCUUUUUUUUGUUUUUACUUUUCCCUUCCCUUCUUUUCAAGUCAAAUUACAUUAAUUAGUCUAAUGACCAAACCGCGUGGAAAGAAAAUUGGGGUGUAUUUCUAGUAGAAAGUUUCCUCGGUCUUCUCUCCCGUCUCCUCUCUCCUUCCCCCUUCCAUUUUUCUCUCACACACACAUACUAUUCAUUCUUGGAACAUCACCAAGUUCAAUAUUCUCCAUUCCUCAUCGAGGAAGUCAAGUUUUUAAAUUAUUGAUUUUGCUUUCUAUAUUAAACUUUUCUCUUGAUAAGAUGGUUUUUAAAUUCUUAAUAUUCCGUCGAAAUAAUCACCCACCAGCAGUAGAGCCGCCCAAAAAUGUUGUCUCAGCAUCUGAAUCAGCCCUGUCGUCAGUCAAGGUCUACGGUUCCACUGUAUCAGGAGAGGUGAAAAAAGGAAGGAUUCUCAAUGGCGACUGCUAUUUGCAAGCCCUGGACAAAAUGCAACAACAGCUAAAGUCUGCAACGAUCUCAAAGGAUCAGAGCAAGGCCAACAACACGACUAAGAUCGCUAUAGCUAAGCUUGAAGACCGAUUUCGAGUCACGUUAGUCAGCCACACCAAUUCACCUGGUAUCAAACCAAGCAAGUCUUUCACAUGGUCGAGUUCCAGAACCGAUAGUUCUCUUAGCUAUGGUGAUUUUGAUUGUAUAGAGUUGAAUCCAAAGAAGAAGGAUGACCUCCACAAUAUUGCAGAGAGAAUGAACUCUGCCGGAUGUCUUGACAAGUGCGUCGACGUGUACAAGAGUGUAAGGAAGACUUCCCUGCAAGAGAGUUAUAGAAAAUUGGGCAUGCGGAAUGUAAGUAUCAAUGACAUCCGCAGUUUGGAUUGGGAAGCGUUGGAGGCGAACAUCAGACACUGGAUACUUGUUGCUAACAUCUGUGUUAGAAAACUUUUUGCAAGUGAGAAGACACUCUGUGAGCAUAUCUUUGGAGGUCUUGGAACUGCCAUAGAUGACGACUGUUUCUUGGAAGUGGUUAAAGAUCCUGUCAUUCAAUUACUUAACUCUGGUAAAGCUAUAAGCAUAUGCACAAGCAGCCCAUUAUGGCGCCCAGAGAAGCUGUUCAAAAUUUUAGACCUCCAUGAAGCGGUGUCAAAACUUUUCGAUGAUUUCAACAUCAUUUUUCAAUCCAAAUCAUUUGAAUCAAUCCGAAUUCAGGCUGCUGAGAUGCUGGUGCAGCUUAUUUUGGCUCCAAUAGAUAUUCUACCGCAAUUUGUAACUACCGUGCUUCAUGCGCAGUCACGUUUUCUGGAUUACAAUGGUAGCAUUAACAUCUUAACCAGGUAUGUUAUGAGCUAUAUUACUAAGGUAACUUGCUAUGAGGAAAAACUAAACAAUUUGAUUGUAUCAAGGCCAUCAAAGCUGAAAGCUAUCAGAAAUUCCAGUGCUGUGACAAUUCCAGAUUUGGAUUUUCCCAAACUUGAUGAGCGCACUCCGCUGGCAGUCCAUUUGAUUUGGAUCAUUGAAGUUUUACAAUUCAAAUUGGAGGAAAAGUCCAACUGCUUAGUGGAUGACUCUUUGGCUCAAUUAUUCUUGAUGAACAAUGUUCACUACAUUGUUCAAACAAUUGAAGAGUGGUCAAAAUUGAGAGAAAUAGUUGGGGACGAUUACUUGGAAAAGCUAACCAAAAGUGUGCAGAGGGCGGUGACUGGUUAUCAGAGAUCAACUUGGGACAGGAUCUUCCAUUGCUUUAGAGUUGAAGGAUUAUCAUCUAAGGUAUCGAAGAGUGCGUUGAAAGAGAGGUUGAAGAUCUUCAAUGCUAUGUUUGAAGAGGUUCAUCAGACUCAAGCAACAUGGGUGGUACCGGAUGUGUAUCUUCGAGAGGAGCUUCGUUUUUCCAUAUCAGAGUACUUGAUUCCGGCCUACAGGUCCUUUGUUGAGCUCUUCAAGAGACAUAUAAGUAGUGGAGGCCAGCAAAAGGAAUACAUUAAGUACUCGGUUAAGGAUCUUGACGCUGCAAUCUCAAAUUUCUUCGAGGGAAGCAUAGUACACUAGCAUCUGACAAGAUCUCAAGGAAGGAGUGGAAGAAUGAUAGUAACAAGCUCUCAAAAUCACUGCGGAUCAUCUAUCAAAACUGUCCGAGUAAUUGGGAAGAUCAACAUAGCUGGUCCAGAAUAGUUUCAGUCUGAAUGGUAUUGUUUCAUUCAUCAAACAAACAAAAAAAGGUAAUGAUUCUUCAAUAGAUUUUGAUGAGCUGACAUCAUGUUAAAGAUUCUAUGAGUCAUUUUUCUUUUAUAUUAUUUAUGUGACCUACUUAGAAUAGAGUAGCAUUGCUGAAAAAAAUUUAACAAACUCACUGAAUUGCAAUGAAGUGUCUUGUAUGCCUGCAUUGGUUCUUCUCCAUACCAGCUUUAUAGAUAUGUGGAAGGAAGGCAUGCCUUCAAUAUAUGUGUUUUGUGCAUGUGGAAUGUAACUAAAUUAUUACACUCGCAAUUUUUAGGGUUGCAGUUGAGCAAGAAGAGCUAAGCAUCUAUUGGAAGCCAAAACAUGAUUGUUUUACAUAGUUUUUAAGCUCGAUUGGAGCCAAAACAAUGAUUGUUUAAGUUAACACUGCUCGCCAAAUUCAAGCUUACCUUCGCUGAUCUCAAUAUUAUUAGU